CAGAGCGGCUGUCGGACGGUUGCUUGGUGUUACAGCAGGCGGCAAGUAUGGCCGUGGCGCACGCCGACGGGGUUUUGCCUCCCGGAGACGGAUCAGUGGUCAAUUGGUCAGGGCAGGGACUACAGAAAUUAGGUCCAAACUUACCCUGUGAAGCUGAUAUUCACACUUUGAUUCUGGAUAAAAAUCAAAUUAUUAAACUGGAAAAUCUAGAGAAAUGCAAACGAUUAAUGCAGUUGUCAGUGGCUAAUAAUCGGCUGGUUCGGAUGAUGGGUGUGGCCAAACUGACCCAACUCCGUGUAUUAAAUUUACCUCAUAAUAGUAUUGGCUCUGUGGAGGGGCUAAAGGAAUUAGUACAGUUGGAAUGGCUGAAUUUGGCAGGAAAUAAUCUCAAGGCCAUUGAACAAAUUAAUAGCUGCAUAGCUCUACAGCACCUUGAUUUAUCAGACAAUAACAUACCUCAGAUAGGUGACCUAUCUAAAUUGAUAUCCCUGAAGACCCUGCUUUUACAUGGAAAUAUUAUCACCUCUCUUAGAAUGGCACCUGCGUAUCUACCUAGAAGUCUUGCUAUACUUUCUUUAGCAGAAAAUGAAAUCAGGGACUUAAAUGAGAUCUCUUUUUUGGCAUUCUUAACUGAAUUGGAGCAGUUGUCGAUCAUGAACAAUCCUUGUGUGAUGGCAACACCUUCCAUUCCAGGGUUUGACUAUCGACCAUAUGUCGUCAGCUGGUGCUUAAAUCUCAGAGUCCUAGAUGGAUAUGUGAUUUCUCAGAAAGAAAGCUUGAAAGCUGAAUGGCUUUAUAGUCAAGGCAAAGGGAGAGCUUAUCGGCCUGGCCAGCAUAUCCAGCUUGUCCAGUAUCUGGCUACAGUCUGUCCUCUCAUUUCUACAUUGGGUCUUCAAACUGCAGAGGAUGCUAAGCUAGAGAAGAUUCUGAGUAAGCAGCGGUUUCAUCAGAGGCAGUUGAUGAACCAAAGCCACAAUGAAGAGUUUGCUCUUCUUGAAACAAGGGCCUCUCUUUCCCCUGAGCAUUCAAGUCCUGUUCAAGACUGCCAGAUAGUCCAGGAAAGUGAACCAGUCAUCCAAGUCAACUCUUGGGUUGGUAAUGAUGAUCAGUUAUAUGCUGUUAAGAAUAACUUUCCAGCCUCUGCACACACUACAAGAUAUUCUCGAAAUGAUCUGCACUUGGAAGACAUACAGACAGAUGAGGACAAGUUAAACUGUAGUCUUCUCUCUUCAGAGUCUACUUUUAUGCCAGUUGCAUCAGGACUGUCUCCAGUGUCACCUACAGUUGAGCUGAGGCUACAAGGCAUUAACUUGGGCCUGGACGAUGAUGGUGUUGUAGAUGGAUCUGUGAAAAGGCUGGAAAACCAGAACUUGGAUAAGGAAGAGGAAAAGACUUUAUGGGGUACAAAUGAGAGUUCUGUUCAAAUGUUGACAAGAAAACUCAGCACAGAGGUAAAUGAGAAAGCUGGGCUAUUACCUUGUUCCGAGUCAACAGUAAUCAGUGCUAUCUUAAAGGAUAAUAACCGUAGUCUUACAUCUUUUCCUGAAUCAGCUGGAUACAGUAUCUCCCAUAUAGAGCCAGAUAGUGAAGAAACCAUGUCUCAAACAACUUUAGAGAACCUUCCCUGCAGGAUUUUAACUCAGAGAUCUGUUGCUUUGCAACAAGGUAAAGUUUCCAUUCAGAAAUUGAAUGAAGCAGCCACCAAGGUUCAGGCCUGUUGGCGGGGCUUUUAUGCCAGAAACUACAACCCACAAGCCAAAGAGGUGCGUUAUGAAAUCCGGCUGCGCAGAAUGCAGGAGCACAUUGUCUGCUUAACCGAAGAAGUGAGAAGAUUAAGAAAAGAAAGAGAUGAAGAACGUGUUAAAAAGUUAAUACAAGAAGAGGCUGUCAGAUUCCUUUGGAACCAGGUAAGGUCUCUGCAAGCUUGGCAACAGACAGUAGACCAGCAUCUAAUUUCCUGGCAUACUGAUGUUCCUCCUAUAUCAAGUACGCUGGCGCCAUCUAAACCUCCAUUAUUCACCCAAAGUCAGGACUCCUCUUCUGAUCACAAUUCUGAUUGGUUCAUUGCUCAGGAUGAUGCUCUUCAAGAAAAGUCCUUACCAGAAUUUCCAGAUUCUGGUUUUCAUUCCUCCCUGACAGAGCAAGUUCACCUUUUGCAGGAUUCUUUGGAUUCCACAGAAGGCAGUGAAAGUUCCAUAAUGGGGAAUUCCAUUGACACAGUCAAAUAUGGCAAAGAGCCAGACUUAGGGGAUGUUAGUGAAGAACGUAGUGACUGGAGCAAGGAAAGCUCAAACAAUGAGCAGGAUAAUAAUCUGCUUGAACGAUAUUUAGCAUCAGUUCAGCAGCUAGAAGAUGCUGAUGAGAGGACACACUUUGAUGAAGGGUCAGGAGAUAGUAAGCUUCACAUAGGUCGUUCCCUGGAAAAGUUAGAUGGCUUUUCUGACAGUGCUUCUGUGGGUGAGACUCAUGGUGUAUCUCCCACUCCCCAAGAUGAAAUCAGCCAGACACCAGAGAAUUGCGACUUAAAUGGUGAAGUCCAGGGUCAGCAGCCGGAGCGUGGCUCCACUCUUCAGGUAUCAAAUGUUGGCGACAUUGCAUAGCGCGUCGGUUUCACGGGAAGCGGAAAUCUACUUUUCUAGAAAAUUGUUUCAGUUGCCUCUUUUUCUUCGGUAAGGGGAGCAACCCUUCCCCCUGUUUUGUUUUGUUAAGUUUGUAUUCUUGUCUAGUAUGUUUCAGAUUUUAGAUACUGGGCUGUUUUCAUUUUUAUUUUACUAAUUUGUUAGCUGUAAUGUAUCAAACUAUUUAUAUUCAAAGCUGUAUGUACUUUUUUAAAUUAAA